CGCGUGACGCUUCGAGCUUCCGUUCCCACAUUUCAACGAUCUUACCAACAGUACGAUGCCGAGCGGACGACCAAAAGGAGCCAGAAUUACAUACAUUUCUCCAAGUGUCAUCGUGUGCAUGGUACUACACUUUUUUUUGCUCCUCUACUUCUUCGCUACUUGCAUAGGUAUUUCGACUCUAACCAAUGUCAGAAAGAUCAUCAUCCGAGGCGUCUGCAUAUGCCUGUGAAUCUCACAACAAGGCUCAUGUCGGGGCCAGAAUCAUGCUGACAUUGGUCCACAUUCAAUGUGGUGAGAAGCCCGAAACUCGAAUCUCUUCGACUGUGACACAUGGAAUCCGUCAAGCAAGGAGGCGGCUGGGGCUUAUUCGACGCUGGCACGUAUUCCAUCUACCGUGCUUCCGUCUCAAAAUCCCGCAGAUCCCGCCGUCGUCGAUGUGCUGUGGGAAGGAAGGAUCAUCAGCUCUGUCCGGGAGAACACUGAGGCUGUUGACAAUCUCGCCUUUGGAGCGCGAGAAGCCCAGAAAACGACCAGGAACUAUCGAGACCAAGUCCUGCCAAAACAGCUCAACGGCCAAUAGUGUGUGUCGA